CAGUGAAAUGUUUGGGCGGCCUAAUCAGAGGUUCAAAAUUUUUCAUUCAAAUUUCAAAUUGCAAACCCUUUCGUUUCUAUCUUCCCCUUUCUCUCUCUUCUCUCUCGAAACCCAAAAACUCCUCUCUCCUUCGUUCUUUAACUAUUCUUUCAUCUUCAAACCCUAAAACGCAAAAUUGGUCAGAUUUUUCUACAUGAAAUAACUUUUAGGGGGCUACAAUCAAAUGAACAAGAGGCUGAGAGGUAUUGGUUUUGUCAUAAUCAAAAGAAGGAUGUAGGCGUAGUGAUGAACUAGGUUUUGAUAGGAGUUUCAAGGGCAAGUUUUUGAGUGUUAUUUUGCUUAUUGGCUUAAAAGAAAUUAUGGUAGAGAGAUAGAGAGGCAGGGAAAAGACACGACGGUGGCGUUUAGGGUUCCGCCGCAAACACAACGACUGUGGCGACUGUGGUUGACAUCGUGUCUGAUGCUUUUUCAGCAGAAUUCGGUUUUCAGGUUCAGACCCUUAAAAAGGGUGGUAGACCCACAUAAAAAUGUGAAGUUAUGAAAGAGGUUCCUAAUGCAUCAAUUCUCAGCAGCUAUAAUGUUCCCAGUCAAACGGCACAUGAUGGCCCGUAUGAGGUUCAAAGAAGAGAAACUGAGCAAGGAGUUGCACAAGCAAUUAUUCGAUCUGUUGUAGAUUUCAAACGGGAUCCUUGGCCUAUAGUAUCUGAAAGUGCAAAGGAUCAUAUUAAGAAGAUGCUCAAUCCUGACCCAAAGUUACGUCUUACAGCACAAGAAGUUCUUGAUCAUCCAUGGAUACAAAACGCCAAAGAAGGCUCCAAAUGUUUCUUUAGGGGAAACCGUUAAAGCAAGACUCAAGCAAUUCUCCGUAAUGAACAAGCUGAAGAAAAGAGCUUUAAGGGUACUUUAAAAAUUCAUUUUAUUCCGGUUUUGUUUAUUAUUAUUAUUAAAUUUUUCUACCCGCGAAGCUCGCGGGCUCUAACCUAGUAUUAUAUAUCAUAACAAAAGCCCUCUUCCUCAAAGCAAUCCCAUUUCAAAGCCCUAAUUUCUCUUCAACAACCUGCAACAAUUCACAUCCCAUUUCAACUAUUCCUCAAAUCACACCCCAUGUGUUGUCAUUAAAUAGGAUCAACUUUCAAGCAUCCACCCCGAAGUGCUUUUAUUUCUUUCGAAGAUAAAGCGACUUUCAGUCAGGGAAGACAAUGACGAUCCCAAGCUUAACAAUGUAAGUGCAACAUCAAUCUCAAGUGAGAAAAAUUUUGUGACAUUGAAGAGCAUACAUGUCGAAUCAUACACGCUUCAUCUUGCUGCCGAUGUAUCUGGCAAUCAAGAUGACACAUAAUGCAACUACUAUAUGUGGAAACAAAGGUUUCCUGUGAAAAUAUUUUUCAUUUACCUCGUUGACCAAGUCUCUGGGAUAACAAAUAUUCAUAAUCUAAGCAGAUUUUCUCUUAGCUUCAUCAAGGGAAAAUAUUCUCUGGGAUAACAAAUGGAAUGAGGGAAUUCUUGAUUGUGUGCCUGUUGCCUUUUUGAAUUCAUUUACCUCGUUGAUCAAGUCUUCUGAAACUGCUCAUAUUUCUAGUCUUCCUAUUCAAUUUAGGUUCUUACUUGUCAAAGAAUCCUCUCACGCAAAACUGAAUCAUGUUCGGGAUGCACUUAAGGCCAAACUUAUGAAUGAGACUAUUAGGGUUUUGAAAUGGGAUUGAUUUGGAUAAGAAGAGGGAUUUGAGGAAUAGUUGAAAUGAGGUGUAAAUUAUUGCAAGUGGUUGAAGAGAAAUUAGGGUUUUGAAAUGUGAUUGAUUUGGGGAAGGAGCGGGCUUUUGUUAUGAUAUAUAAUAUUUUUUUUCUUUUAUAUGUAUUUUUAAAGAAUAG